AUGAUUCUCCAAAGAGUGACAGAACUUGGACGUCUUUCAUACCCUCUGGAGAACUUGGUACAGCAAAUAUGCAUAGACAGACUGCAAGCAGGCUGCAAAGAGGCUGUAGCCAUCAGCAGGGGGUAUCAUGGAGUGGUCAGCUACAAAGAAUACAAAAAGAAAGUGUCAAACCAAGAACUGGGCUUCCUGAAAGAGGGCUUUAAUACAAUGGGGGAAGCUACUAAGACAACUAAGGUGCCUGUAGCUCAAUUUACUGGUUGUAGGAGUGGGGCUGACUACGUCCUCGGGCGGGUGGAAGAAGCUAGCAAGAGCGAGAGCUGGUUCUCGUCACGUGCCUUCUCAAGGCACCCAAUCAGAAAACGGAGCCUAUCCAGGCCCGCAAUUCAAACUGUUGCCAUUGACCCCUUCAAGCCAGGUUUGGAAUCUCCAGGGGGUAGCAUCCCCCGCGAGUGCCUUGGGGCGCAGCGAGGCGUCACUGGAGGGGGCCAGGGGAGCAUGGAGCACCGAAUAAUUGGACCCGGGCCUUACCGCGCGACUAAGCUGACCCCACUGGCCCUGAUUGGGCUGGAGGCUGGAUGGGCUGCUGCUGGUACCUGUUUUUUAAUUGAUGGCCGAGGAAAGAACGAAAAGGCUUGGAGUUUGGCCAGCUUGGUGCAGGGCUGCAUGAGCCUCCAGCUGUUAGCUUUCCAGAUAAAAGAAUGGAAUGAAACAAUUGAGCUUUUUCGUGGUAACAUGCCAUUACGGAAACACAGAAGUCAUUUCAAAAGUUAUGAACGUUGUUUCACAGCCUCGGAAGCUGUAGAUUGGUUACAUAUCCUGCUCAGGAACAGCCAGAACUUCGGCCCAGAAGUGACUCGCAAGCAGACCGUACAGUUGCUCAAAAAGUUCCUGAAGAAUCAUGUUAUUGAGGACAUCAAGGGAAGAUGGGGUCAGGAAGACUUUGAAGACAACCGACAUCUCUACAGGUACUCAUCUCCUUUCGAGCUAAUGCCCCUAAAGACAAGCGUUACAGUUGAAGCAGCCCCCUUCAAAUCAUUUUGUUUGAUGGCAGCACAGUCCACAGGAAUCCAGGUAGAUGAAGCUUUUGGACUCCUCAAAAUAAUGGCUUUAAAAGAACUUCCUCAUUGGGUACUGUCAGCUAUGAAAUGUUUAGCAAAUUGGCCUAGUUGUUCAGACUUGAAGCAGCCUAUGUAUUCAGGGUUUGAAAAAGAUGUCUUUAAAACUAUAGCAGAUUAUUAUGGUCACUUGAAGGAACCUCUGCUCACAUUUCAGCUUUUUGAUGCUUUUGUCAGUGUACUUGGUUUGUUACAGAAAGAGAAAAUUGCUAUUGAAGCAUUUCAGAUUUGCUGUCUCCUCCUGCCUCCUGAAAAUCGGAGAAAGUUACAGCUGUUGAUUAGGAUGAUGGUGAAGAUCUGCUUAAACAAGGAGAUGCCACCACUCUGUGAUGGCCUUGGCACCCGUACUCUGAUGGUUCAGACAUUUUCACGUUGCAUCCUGUGCUCCAAGGACGAAGUCGAUUUGGAUGAACUAUUAGCUGCCCGGCUGGUGACAUUUCUGAUGGACAAUCACCAGGAGAUCUUGCAAGCUCCCUCUUCCUUGCAGAAUUCGAUAGAGGAGCGAGUGGCCCAUCUACGAAGGGUCCAGAUAAAAUACCCAGGAGCAGAUACUGAUGCUACGCUGUCUGCCCCACCAUUUUGUCGUCAGAUUAGUCCAGAAGAAUUUGAAUACCAAAGAGUGUGUGGCUCCCAAGAACCCCUGGCAAAGUUGUUGGAGGAAAUUAUCAUGGAUUCCAAACUGUCAGUUAAGGAUAAAAAGAAAAAACUGAAGCAGUUUCAGAAAUCCUAUCCUGAAGUCUACCAGGAACGAUUUCCCACACCAGAGAGUGAAGCAUUGAUUUUUCCAGAAAAAUCAAAGCCGAAACCACAGCUGCUGAUGUGGGCACUGAAAAAACCUUUCCAGCCUUUUCAAAGAACUAGAAGUUUUCGGAUGUAA